CUCUAAGACCCGCCCUCGCAGCGCCGGGCGCGGGGAGGGGACCCGGGAACCCAGGCGCUCGGCGCUCCGCCUCCCGUUUCCGGGGCAGCGUGGUUACCUGCACCGUCCGGGUCGCACCUGGCGGAGGCAGAAGUCGCAAACCCAGAGAGGACAGUACACGGAGCGGAGAGGAGGGGGCAACACCCGGCUCGCGGGAGGAAGAGGAGGAGGCGGCGGCGUGGAGGGCGCCGCGCACCGCGCGGCGGAGGAAGGCGGACGGCAGCUGCGCUUGGCUCGCUCAGCCGGGCCGGCUGGGCGCGCACCCGAGCGGCACCGCGCUGCUGCAGGCGCACAUGGCAGCGUGAGAGGCCGGCUGCGGGAGGAGCGGGCGGUGCCGGGCGGGGGCCAUAGGGCCGCAUGGACAGCGGCGCCACCCGGACCGACCCCCUUUAGGGUUCUCAGUCCGCGGGCGCCCCCCCCUCCACUCCACCCGGAUCAUGGUGCCUCGGCGGCCGCCGGGACCUGAAGCGGCCAGCCGGAGCUGUUGAGCCGGGGAACCCCCGCGGCAGCCGGGAGCUGCAUGGGGGAGCGCGGGCCGCGCUCGGGAAGAUGCCCCGGCCAGAGCUGCCCCUGCCGGAGGGCUGGGAGGAGGCGCGCGACUUCGACGGCAAGGUCUACUACAUAGAUCACACGAACCGCACCACCAGCUGGAUCGACCCGCGGGACAGGUACACCAAACCGCUCACCUUUGCCGACUGCAUUAGUGAUGAGCUACCGCUAGGAUGGGAAGAGGCGUAUGACCCACAGGUUGGAGAUUACUUCAUAGACCACAAUACCAAAACCACUCAGAUCGAGGAUCCCCGGGUACAAUGGCGGCGGGAGCAGGAACACAUGCUGAAGGACUACCUGGUGGUGGCCCAGGAGGCUCUGAGUGCCCAGAAGGAGAUCUACCAGGUGAAGCAGCAGCGCCUGGAGCUUGCGCAGCAGGAGUACCAGCAGCUGCAUGCCGUCUGGGAGCACAAGCUGGGCUCCCAGGUCAGCUUGGUCUCUGGUUCAUCAUCCAGUUCUAAGUAUGACCCUGAGAUCCUGAAAGCUGAAAUUGCCACUGCAAAAUCCCGGGUCAACAAGCUGAAGAGAGAGAUGGUUCACCUUCAGCAAGAGCUACAGUUCAAAGAGCGCGGCUUCCAGACUCUGAAGAAAAUCGAUAAGAAGAUGUCUGAUGCUCAGGGCAGCUACAAACUGGAUGAAGCCCAAGCCGUCCUGAGAGAAACAAAAGCCAUCAAAAAGGCCAUCACUUGUGGAGAAAAGGAAAAGCAAGAUCUCAUUAAGAGCCUCGCCAUGCUGAAGGACGGCUUCCUCACCGACAGAGGGUCCCACUCAGACCUCUGGUCCAGCAGCAGCUCUCUGGAGAGUUCGGGCUUCCCGCUGCCCAAACAGUACCUGGACAUGAGCUCCCAGACGGACAUCUCAGGAAGUUUCGGCACCAGCAGCAACAAUCAGUUGGCAGAGAAGGUUAGAUUGCGCCUUCGAUAUGAAGAGACUAAGGGAAGGAUCGCCAACCUGAAGAUCCAGCUGGCCAAGCUUGACAGUGAGGCCUGGCCUGGGGUGCUAGACUCGGAGAGGGACCGGCUGAUCCUCAUCAACGAGAAGGAGGAGCUGCUGAAGGAGAUGCGCUUCAUCAGCCCCCGAAAGUGGACGCAGGGGGAGGUGGAGCAGCUGGAGAGGGCCCGGAAGCGGCUGGAGAAGGACCUGCAGGCAGCCCGGGACACCCAGAGCAAGGCACUGACAGAGAGGUUAAAGUUAAACAGUAAGAGGAACCAGCUGGUGAGGGAACUAGAAGAAGCCACGCGGCAGGUAGCAACUCUACACUCACAGCUGAAAAGCCUCUCGAGCAGCAUGCAGUCCCUAUCCUCAGGCAGUAGUCCCGGCUCCCUCACAUCCAGCCGAGGUUCCCUGGCUGCCUCCAGUCUGGAUUCCUCCACCUCAGCCAGCUUCACUGACCUCUACUAUGACCCCUUCGAGCAGAUGGACUCAGAGCUACAGAGCAAGGUGGAGUUCCUGCUCCUGGAGGGGCCCACGGGCUUCCGGCCAUCUGGUUGCAUCACCACCAUCCACGAGGACGAGGUGGCCAAGACCCAGAAGGUGGAAGGGAGCAGCCGCCUACAGGCCCUACGUUCUCUGUCUGGCACCCCGAAGUCCAUGACUUCCCUGUCUCCCCGCUCCUCUCUCUCCUCCCCAUCUCCGCCCUGCUCCCCUCUCAUCGCCGACCCCCUCCUUGCUGGAGAUGCCUUCCUGAGCCCCCUGGAGUUUGAAGACCCAGAACUGAGCACCACUCUUGGUGAACUGAGCCUCGGCAAUGGCCCUGGGGAGAGGUACCAGCUGGAGGAUCCGGGAACGGACAGCAAACAGUUGGGCCAAGCUGUGAAUCCAGCCCAAAGGUAUGGCCUGAAAGUGGCCUGCGUCUCAGCUGCUGUUUCUGAUGAGUCGGUGGCUGGGGACAGUGGUGUGUACGAGGCUUCCAUGCAGAGACCUGGUACUUCAGAAGUGGCUGCUUUUGACAGUGAUGAAUCAGAGGCAGUCGGUGCCACCCGGAUUCAGAUUGCCCUGAAGUAUGACGAGAAGAAUAAGCAAUUUGCAAUAUUAAUCAUCCAGCUGAGUAACCUUUCUGCUCUGUUGCUGCAACAAGACCAAAAAGUGAACAUUCGCGUGGCUAUCCUUCCUUGCUCUGAAAGCACCACCUGCCUGUUCCGGACCCGGCCCCUGGAAGCCUUGGACACCCUCGUGUUCAACGAGGUGUUCUGGGUGUCCAUGUCCUACCUAGCCCUUCACCAGAAGACCUUAAGAGUCGACGUCUGUACCACCGACAGGAGCCAUCUGGAGGAGUGCCUGGGGGGCGCCCAGAUCAGCUUGGCUGAGGUCUGCCGGACUGGGGAGAGGUCGACCCGCUGGUACAAUCUCCUGAGCUACAAAUACUUGAAGAAACAGAGCAGGGAACCCAAGCCAGUGGAAGCCAGUGGCCCCACCCCAGAGCCUGAAAGCACGGAUGCUGUGUCUGCUCUAUUGGAACAGACAGCAGUGGAGCUGGAGAAGAGGCAGGAGGGAAGGAGCAGCAUGCAGACCCUGGAAGACAGCUGGAGGUACGAAGAGGAGAACAGCGAGAACGAGGCAGCAGCUGAGGAAGAGGAGGAGGAGGGGGAGGAGGGGGGAGAGGAGGAUGUUUUCGCUGAGAAAACCUCACUGGAUAUGGACGAGAGCCCAGCGUUAAAGGUGGACAAAGAGACCAACACAGAGACCCCAGCCCCAUCCCCCACGGUGGUACGGCCCAAGGACAGGCGGGUGGGUGCCCCACCGCCUGGGCCCUUUCUUCGAGGGAGCACCAUCAUCCGCUCUAAGACCUUUUCCCCCGGACCUCAGAGCCAGUAUGUGUGCCGGCUGAAUCGGAGUGACAGUGACAGCUCAACUCUUUCCAAAAAGCCACCUUUUGUUCGAAACUCCCUCGAGCGCCGGAGCGUGCGGAUGAAGCGGCCUUCAUCGGUGAAAUCCCUCCGAACUGAGCGCCUCAUCCGCACCUCGUUGGACCUUGAGUUAGACCUGCAAGCUACGAGGACCUGGCACAGCCAGCUGACUCAGGAGAUCUCAGUGCUGAAGGAGCUCAAGGAGCAACUGGAAAAAGCCAAGAGCCACGGGGAAAAGGAGCUGCCUCAGUGGGUGCGUGAGGAUGAGCGCUUCCGCCUGCUGCUGAGGAUGCUGGAGAAGCGGAUGGACCGAGCAGAGCACAAGGGUGAGCUGCAGGCAGACAAGAUGAUGAGGGCCGCUGCCAAGGAUGUGCAGAGGCUGCGAGGCCAGAGCUGUAAGGAGCCCCCAGAAGUGCAGUCUUUCAGGGAGAAGAUGGCAUUUUUCACCCGGCCUCGGAUGAAUAUCCCAACCCUCUCUGCAGACGACGUCUAAUCACCAUUAAAGUAUUUCCUUUGUUCCACUGACCAUGCUGUGAACACUUGACUGUGGCUAAAGUUAUUUAUGUGGUGUUAUAUGAAGGUACCAAGUCACAAGUCCUCUAACACUCUUGUUGGUUUGAAGAUGAACAGAUUUUUUUUUUAGUUCAGGUUCUAUUGUUAUUAAAAAACAAACAAACAAAAAAAACCAGAACAACAAAAAACCAGCAUUCAAAUGACAAGAAUGUAUAGUUUGUAUAUUUAGGAAUGUAUUUUUUGGGAAAGAAAAUUUAAAUGAACUAAAGCAGUGUUAAGUUGCUGCUCUUCUUAAAAUAAAAUUGUUUAGAGUUUUUUUUUUUUUUUGUACAGCUCUACCUUUUAGAGGUUUACUGCAAUAAUAUGUUUGUGGGACGCUAAUCCUAAAAGAACGUCCUGCAGAUGUCACAGCACAGCUGACUUUUCCUAGUUAACAUGUUUUGUACCAUAUUAAAAAAAAAAAAAAUUGCACAGGAACCAUUUGGGAAAUUCCAAGGUGCAUCCGCGAGUCUUCAUGAGCUGUGAUGUGUUUGUAUUUG